AUGAUCAUGAAGAUGAAGGCCUGGCCAGCAACACGCUCACGGAGACAGCAGAAAGAGGAUACAGGCCGCUCUUAUCUGAUGGAACUGCCCACCGAGCUACUACUGGAAAUCAUCUCACAUCUGUCUUUGAUACCGGAGGCUGCUUUUGCCUUGACCUGCAAACGCAUGUUCGCCAUCUCCGGAGAGAUUUUAUUAUCAAAAUCUUUACGAUUUACUCGUGAUUUUGCGCCUCUAUUCCACCACUAUCGCAACGGACACAACUUUGUUACGCCACGCUGGCAGUUUAUGUCCUUGUUGGAAAAUUCGCGAUGGCGGCUGUGCUCCAAAUGCUUGAAGCUACACCCGCGAUCCGCAUUUUCAUCCCGAGAAUUAAGGCACAAGCCUGAUGACCGCACAUGCAACUUGGGCGAGCUAGCGGGGAUUGUUGACCUGUGCCCAUGCAAGAAGAUGACAUAUCGCGACAAGCUAAAACUUGCGGAUGAUCUGCAAGUGCGAAAGACCACGCUGGAUGCUCUAGGAACCGAAUAUGGCAGUACGGUCUCAAAUCGAUAUUGCUGGCACAAAUGCACCGAGCAGUAUGGUCCCACAGGGCUCACGGUGUCGCUAUUUCCUGAACUCAAUGAGGAGGGUCAACUGGUCGUGCGUACAGAGUACCAGCUCACCACUGAGUCGGGCCAAGUAGGCAAGGAGGAAUAUAUGACCCCUCGAUUCGGAUGCGCCCACAGAUCCGUUGAUCUCUGGCUCUCCAGUGUCUAUCAAACCACCAUUUGCCGACUCUUUGACAAUUUCUGCGCCUCCUGUCGACGGAUCUCAGUCUGCGCCACCUGCAACACUACACUCACGUGUCAUCGAAAACAACCAUUUCAAACGGAUGUAUCUGGCAAGGUCACUUAUUCUUUCUACACUGAGAGAUCUCUGGGGGGCAUUUCAACAACGCCUGAUGCAAUUUGGGCUGCCCAAAGGAUUCAUCCAGCCGAGCCGUCAAUCAGCGUGGAGAAUUGCAAUGAGCUCUGUCCCUGGACGGUGCGAGAACACCCGCCUCUCACAUUUACACCCAGCAUAGAUGAAGGAGUCCUCUCACCGGCUACUGAUGAGCAGCCUAUGGAUUCGUUGUAUUCGUCGAUCCGCAUGUUAUAA